GGAGAUGAUGACGUGCGUAAAGCGAUGCGUCUGGAACGUUUCGGUGCUAGUGCGUUGUCCGGAACUACUACUGCUAAUUCUACCGUAAAAAUCCGUUCUGACGAGGAAGCCAAAGCAGCUCGGGCAGAGAAAUUCGGCAUUGAAACAGACGAGGCGAAAUUGCAGAAGCGAAAAGCGCGUUUCGGUUUGGCUUAG